CAAAGACUUGGUAUGAACUCAUUAUGUAUUGUGUUGAUGAGAUCAAUCGAAGUUUGGAAAAUAAAUCGGAUCGGACAGCAGGUCAAUCGAUGCGACAAAUAAGUAAACAAAUCCACUUUUUUUUUCUCCAUCUUCUCCGUCCAAUAAACGGACAAAGAUCAAACACCCAAGAGUUUUCUGUCUCAAAUGCUUGUUAUUUAUUCAAAAGCUCUCUUUUUGACCACCUGCACCUGAUCUGACUCUCUCUUUCUUCCCGUCUUCCUCUUAUCUGCACCUCCCCUUCCUCUUUUUCUUCCCCACCAUUUCUCUCUAUUUCAUUAUUAACAUCCCGCAUUUAUAUCUAUACAUAAUUGUAUACGUGUAUGCAUUUUAUAUAUAUAGACGCAGCUUUUGAUCAAGAAGCCUUAAAUAUAUGGUUCUUGAUCUUGAAAAAGCUAGUUGGAUAUCAUGGGUCUUUGUUUCUCUGCCAGCAAGGUUAGUGGCUCCAAUAGCAACACCCACGCCGCGAACCACCAGCAUAACCGCAAAAAACCCGUUAAAUCGACUGUGUUAACGACGGUGAAUGAUGCAAAUAAACGGCAACAACAGAGACAAAGACUACAACCAGCAUCACAACAUGGGAGGAACAAUAAUGAGGCCCAAAAACAGCCGGUAAGGGCAAAGGACAAGGGUAAUUCGAGGAAACAGAGUGGGAGUCUUCCGUGCGGUAAGCGCACGGAUUUUGGGUACGCGAAGGAUUUCAAUAAGACAUACACGAUCGGGAAGUUGUUGGGUCACGGCCAAUUUGGGUAUACCUAUGUUGCCACUGAUAAGGCUAAUGGGGAUCGUGUAGCCGUGAAGAAGAUUGAGAAGAUGAAGAUGGUUCUUCCUAUUGCCGUUGAGGAUGUCAAGCGAGAGGUCAAGAUUUUGCAAGCUCUUACAGGCCAUGAGAAUGUGGUUCACUUCCACAAUGCAUUUGAGGAUGAAAAUUAUGUGUAUAUUGUUAUGGAGUUAUGUGAAGGUGGCGAAUUGCUUGAUCGAAUAUUGGCCAAGAAGGACAGUCGUUAUACUGAGAAAGAUGCAGCUGUAGUUGUACGGCAGAUGCUCAAAGUUGCAGCUGAGUGUCAUUUACAUGGAUUGGUUCACCGUGACAUGAAGCCAGAGAAUUUUCUUUUCAAGUCAGCCAAAGAGGAUUCGCCUCUGAAGGCCACGGACUUCGGUUUAUCUGACUUCAUAAAACCAGGCAAGAAGUUUAAUGAUAUUGUCGGCAGUGCUUACUAUGUAGCUCCUGAAGUAUUGAAGCGUAGGUCUGGACCUGAAUCUGAUGCCUGGAGUAUUGGUGUUAUUACCUACAUUUUACUCUGUGGAAGACGCCCCUUUUGGGAUAAGACUGAGGAUGGUAUAUUCAAGGAGGUUUUGAGAAACAAGCCUGAUUUUCGCCGCAAACCAUGGCCAAGCAUUAGCAACAGUGCAAAAGAUUUUGUGAAGAAACUACUGGUGAAGGAUCCUCGAGCAAGACUCACUGCGGCUCAGGCUCUAUCACACCCGUGGGUUAGAGAAGGAGGAAAUGCUUCUGAGAUCCCUAUUGAUAUAUCAGUUCUGAAUAAUAUGCGGCAAUUUGUAAAGUACAGUCGUUUGAAACAGUUUGCUCUAAGGGCAUUAGCUAGCACACUUGAUGAAGAGGAGUUAGCUGAUCUCAAAGAUCAAUUUGAUGCAAUGGAUGAAGAUAAAAAUGGUGCUAUUAGUCUUGAAGAGAUGAGACAGGCUCUAGCUAAAGAUCUUCCCUGGAGAUUGAAAGAAUCACGUGUUGCAGAGAUUCUUCAAGCGAUUGAUAGCAAUACAGAUGGAUUCGUAGAUUUCUCUGAGUUUGUUGCAGCCACUCUACAUGUGCAUCAGUUGGAGGAACAUGACUCUGAAAAGUGGCAACAGCUGUCUCAGGCUGCCUUUGAGAAAUUUGACUUGGAUAAAGAUGGUUACAUAACUUCAGAGGAACUAAGAAUGCACACGGGUUUGAGAGGCUCUAUCGAUCCGCUACUUGAGGAGGCUGACAUCGACAAAGAUGGAAAGAUAAGCCUUCCUGAGUUUCGCAGACUUCUAAGAACUGCAAGCCUUGGUUCACGAAAUGUGCCUAGCCCAUCUAACCAUCGGAACCCUAAGAAGCUGUAAAUUAGAGCUGGAACUUAUUGAGAUGAGUUAGAAAAACGGAGGGCUCGAGUCCCUUCGUCCCAGAUGUUAUUUAUCUCAAGGAGCGUGCUCGACCCCAGCAGGCCCUUCCCUCCCUGACUCCCUCUCAUGUUCAAACCCCCCGGUUUACAUAGUGUUCUGGAAUAAAGAAGUAUGGGAUCAUGGGUUUUCAUUUAGGACCAAGGUGUUAACCUCAGAAAUAGGAAUGGCUUGGGCUUUAAGGGGUGAUGGGUUGUAGUCAAGUGUACAUUGUUGAUGGAGUGUGGCCGUGGGGGACUUUCAUGGCUGUGACCUGCGAUUUGUAUUCCUUGAGCAUGACUAUUAUUAAUCCAAAAGUGUUGUGUUUCUACUCUUAA